AAUUAUAUUAAUCAAUGAGGUAAUAGCCCUACUUCAUUAAACCUGUAAAUCAUUUGUCAUGUAGAAAUCAAUCAUCAAAACAAAGCUUUAGUUAAUAAUAAAGUGAUGAAUCAAAAUCAAAAAGUCAAAAUAAAUUAUCAAAUAUUAAAAAACCUGCUCCAAUAAUAACCUAAGCUAUAACAUCUCCUCAUCUAAAAAGGGCAAAUAAUUAGUAUAAAUUAUAGUUAUAAUAUAGAUUGAGAAUUUUAAAAAGUAAUAAAGUUGACUUACCUUCCUUACCUUCUCCUUAAUUGUAAUAAUAAUGUGAUUAAUCAUUGUCUAAAUUUAAAAGCUUCGAAAAUCUUAAUAUUCAAUUGAGAUAGCCAACCCCAAGAAGAUUUAAAUCUGAUGAACCUAAUAUAAGUGAACUCGGUACUUAACCAAAAAAAACUAUACGCUUCAGUUAGCAUAGCAAUAUAAGAUUAAGGAAUGAUUCAGCAAAAGCAAGAAAUAGAUCUAAUCAUAUUCCAUUUUAAAAAACUAAUACUGAACCAAGCGAAAUUGUACAUUCUCCAGAAGUACAUUUACCAAGAAGAAAUUUUGAUGAUUCAAGAGAAAUUUUGUAUUAAUUGCAUAGAGGUUACUCAAAAGAAAAGUAAUCAAUUUUAAGAACUGAACCAGAUGAUCCUUAUAGAAUUGGCAGUAUUUGUGAAAAUAGAAACUCUACAAAUCUGAAAAGAUAGUUAGGGCAUUAAUAAAUUAAUGAAUCCCAAAGAUUUCCUACAAAACAUCAUAUAGAUAUGCCAUGUGAUGAUGAAUUUUCUUAGUUUUUUAAAGAAGAUGAUAAUUAAAAUAAUUUUAAGAAUACACAAAAAAAUAAUAACCAUUAAAAUUAAAUUAGUCAGCAAACAAAAGAAAAAAUAUUAGAUUUGCUAUUUCUUUCAACAGGAGAAUUGAAAAAAAAAUUUAAUGAAUAAAGUAGGAUUUAAUAUUCAAAAAUCACAAACAAAGCAUAAUAAAAUAAACCAAUAGUACCAAAAAGUAAAUUUCCAAAUGACUUUUUUAAUGUUUUGAAUUCUAAUGAAUCUCAAAUAUUUUGA